GUGUGCAAGCCCCCACGAGUUUGAGGCUCGAGGGAGGAGGUGUACAUCCGUGUUUGAUGUUACCCUCAGUAAAAUUCCAUUGCUAUAUACAAUGUAUCGAUAGACCACUUGCAAUAAGUGAGAUAUUAGUCUUUCACAAUCCUCAAGAUAUUCAGUAUCUUCUAGAAUUCUGUACACGAGAAACCCCUUUCAUGUGUAGCCUAGAUGCUUCUGGUGAAAGAAUCCAUCACCCACUAUUGAUGAUCUUGCUGCACCAUAUGUACAGUCCUAUUCAUAGAAAUGGCUCUUAAGCCAAUCAUAUGAUUUGUGUGUAUUCAUAUAUACGUACUUUUUACCACUGACUGUCAUACAUUUUCUCUUGAUUUUCCUAUUGCUCUUCAUAUCACCAAAAUAUUUGAAGCGCAGAUAUUGGAUUCCACCAUCAACCAUUGUCAAAGUUAGAUCUGACAUCGAUACUUUAACUGUUCUCUCCCAACCUUCACUUUCGACCAGUACAUGUUCCUAACGCUGCACUUGUUACUACCGUCUGAACUCGAGAAUUCUAAACAUGUCAUCAAGCUCUCAAAGCGGCGACCCUCAUGGCGAAAUUGAUCUCCCUAGCGACGACUUACGCUUGAGCUGUGCAAAAAGUGAACGGUACAAUGAUUCAAAUACUUAUUCACCACCAUCAUCCUCUUUUCCCACAGUCAAUCCUUUGUAUCCAACAAUCAAACAAAGUAACUUGCUCUCUUUAAAUCCUCUUGCAACAUCCUUUGAAUUUGCAGAAACUCCAUCAUUUUUCCACCCGCCUCGUCUACCUUCUUCUUGCUUACUUCCUUCUCCACCUGCCUUUGUUGAUAUAUCACCUUUUCUUUAUCAACAACAGAUCAUAGAUCGACAGCAGCAAAUCCUUAUUUCAAUAAACAAUUGGAACGCGCCUUUCACUGAGACCAUGGCAUCCUUUAGUUUGCCCACUGGUCAGCCAGCUCCAAAUGCAUUCCAAUACAAUAACAACCCACAUGGCUUCCCACCACCUCUAGCAAACCUCCAAAAUACAAGUCAGGAUUCAGCAAAUUCAAACGAUUCCUUCCGAACACAAGUACCACUCCCAUGGAACCUGCCAUCCGAUUAUGAGGAUAAUAAUGGAGUUGAGAUGUGCGAUCCAAGUCCUUUUGCUGAGCCUCCACCCUUUGUCACAUCUGACUUCAGCAAUGGACGCGCUCAGUUUCAACCAUUUGCUAAUCAGAAUUCCACGAUAAAUGGUGCUCCUGCUGAAGCUUAUGAUCAUGAAAAUGGAUACCAUAUGCAACAACAGCAAGCUUAUCAGCAAGAAAACCAUGGUAUGGGUAUGAAUGGUAUGAACGGCAUGCAUGGCAUGAAUUCAUUCAAUGGUGCUAACAACGCAUAUCAAUCGCCACCUUACAAUGGGCAAAUUGGAGGACCUACAAACCCUCAGAUGGGCGCCGGUCACACUGGAAAUUUUCAGCAUCAGCACCAAAAUCAAUUCAGCUUCAAUGGGCAUGGUGGACCUCCAACGCAACCCAACUUCCAACAGCAGAACAUGGGCAUGCGACCACAAUUGCCACAAAUCGCUACUCAAUUUCCUACAAAUCCCUACGGUGCUCAAUACAACCAGACCUACUCUGCUCCACCAAUCGGAAUGAAUCCAGCACAAUUUUACAACAAUGGUGGCGAUAGCAAUUAUCGUGGUCCAAAUUCUACACCAAGUUCAGCCUCGCGUAUGGUGUCCAACUUGAAAUUCAGCAAUCUCAGCCUUGGCGGCAUGAGUCCAAAUGGUGCUGGCCUGAACGGCAGUCAGAACAAUGGUUAUGGCCAUGGCAGCGGCGUUGGUAAUAUCAGCAACAUCAGUGGUAUUGGCCACAAUGGUUUAGAGCAGAGUCGUUCUAAUGGAAGCUUCUCGGCUGUAGGCAACAAUAACAAUAUGGCUGCCAAUGCUCGCAACGCACAGUAUUCCUCGCUUACAUCUGUCGGUAAUAUUCAUCAUCCACUUCCUCCAAAGCCACAAUUUCAAGCGCAAAACGCCCAUAUUUCCAAACAAAAUACUGGCAGCCAUCCUUACACAACCACUAACAGCAAUCCUCGAUCUGUUGUUCAUACUCCUCAACAGCAAAAGCGAAGCCUUCAAAGUGAGGAAACUGAGCAAAGUCAAAAGAGCAGCAACGGCAUUCAAUCACCUGUAUCAUCCAACGGUCGCUCGCUAUCUGCUGCCAUUCCUGCUUCCGAGCCGAGACCUAACUUCACACCCUUGCUUCGAUCUAAUCGCGGCACAUCUAUCACCGCAUCUGUAGAUCGUGCUCAGCACGUUAACGAUUGGGUUCAAAAUACACCGACUCGUGGCAGUGUUUCACGCCAAAACUCUGUCACAAUUGAGAGUUUUGCUGAAGUUGACAAUACUCCUACAAUGCCGAACUGUGAAGCUGGUAGAGAUCCUCGCCCAAUCAAUAGCUCCCAUGACGGCAUCCCAGGCGGUUUUACCCCACGCGCCCUUAGCGUUAAUCCGUUCAAUCCUGUCACCACGCUUGCUCCUUUCAGCCCAAAUUCUCGUUAUGGAGAUGCUGGUGGUAUGAGCCCCUUGCUUCGCGAGUUGACCAGAAAUGGAACCGUCAGGCCAACUGCAGAAGAAGCUCUUGACAUGCGAUUCAUGCCCUUCGAGGAGUACUGCCGCCAAGCUAAGCCUGCGCAAUAUGGUGUUAUGCGAAUCAAAAACAUUCCAUAUGGUGUAACAAGACAAGAGAUUCUUGCAUUCCUCGGCCGCAAUGCAAAAAUCGCCGCCUCGAAUGAUCACGAGCCCAUUCAUAUCAUUAUGGAGCGUGUAACUAGCAAGACACUCGACGCUUAUGUUGAGUUUGUCAGCUUCACUGAGGCUUCAAAUGCAAUCACACGAUUCGAUAUGAAUCGCAUGGGUGGCAGAGGUGGCCGUCUUGGGCAGCGCCAUGUUGAAGUCGAGUUGUCUUCCCAGGAAGAGUUGAUGAAGCAGCUUUUCCCGAAGGCCAAGAACGUUGAGUGGCACGGCAAUAAACCCACGAUUAUUGAUCGUGAUGAGAAUGACAAGUAUAACUCUGGUUUCCAGGGUUUCGUCAGCCGUGAAGAGUUGGUUAUGCUGGUUAAGCAUGUUGAGUCUCCACAACGUGUAAGUAAUUAUAAGUCUGUCCGAGUGAUUCGAAAUCAUACUGAUAUUUUUCAGUCCCCAUUCUCUAAGGAUUGUCCCCAGCGACCAUUCGAAUGCCUUGUCAGCACCUUGAUCAAGUUUCCUUGGGCAAUGGUCAACCACAUUACUUGCCAAGAUCGCGAGUUAUUGUACAAAGCCACAAUGCAAUUGCUUGGGUUGCUCGUUGAACGUGUCGACAACAAUGAUGAUCCAGUCAAUCUCAAUGCCCAAUUGUUGAAGCGAGUUUGGCGUACUGCUCUUAAAUGCGAAGGUUUUAGUCCUUGUAUGAAAGACAACAUUGUUUAUAAGUUGAAGAUUGAUUCCACAACCGCCUUCGAGUGUGGCGUUCCACCACAAGCAGAUCUCUGGAGCAAUGUCUGGACCAUUGGACCAAGAAAGGAUGUUGCGUAUGAUCUCGUUCAGGUAAGUCCCACGAGAAAUCUUGAUUGAUCGAGAGCAGAGGCUAAUCAACAAUAGUACUAUGUCACGCUUAUUCAUGACGCAACUACUGAGAAGAAGCAACUCACCUUGGCCGAGAAGGCUGCAGCCAGAGCUGAAGAGGUUCCUCGCCUUCCAAGCCUAUUUGGAAAUCUUGACACGCUCGUUGAUUACACCAAUUGCCUUGACUUGACUCUUGCUGAACUUGCCGUGAAGGAGUGGGCUGCAUUCGAGACAGCGAUUCGACGAGCACUUACUCCAGCUUUGGAGGCCGGUUCAUCUAACUGAUAGAACCAUACCUACCAAGCAGUGGAUACGUCCUAGUCUCUAAUUUUCGAUACCACUUUUCAUUUGUUUUUAUUUCUCGGACAAAAUUUGUCGACCCUUUCAGGCAUUCCACGGCAUUCUCGUUAAGCAACUUUGAUAUUUGGAUAGGCUCGUUCUUCGAAUCUUUCCAAAAAUUAUAGCAGCUGGAUUCGAAUUAUCUUGGAAUUCUCAAUUGUCCUCGAUUGCUCUUAUUUUCUACUUUCCUCAUAUUACAUCUGUCCACCACCCGUAUGGUGAUCCGUGAAGCCAUUCUCCAAACCAUCGAAAUACCGUCAUGUCACUGAAGGAACAGCAUUGUUGGUAUCCUUCUAUUCACACCCUGAAGGGUCUUACUAUCGAGAGAAGUCCGGCAUGUUUGGUCUCACCUAAGUCGUCAAAUUUUGCAUGACCUGUUCUUGCAUACUUUCCUCACGACAGCUUUCGAUGCUCUGGUGAUUUGCGAAAUCAAUUGAAGGGAUUUGAGUUAUUAAAGUUAUUUGAUUGAUUGGGAUACUCGAUUUGAGAUUAUGAUGAUUUGGGUCAAGUUUCUUCUUUGGUUGCUUCGAUUCUUGAGGUCACUUUAAUGACAUCUUGAUAUUUGCAGCUUUGUAGUUGUCCACUCAGAUAGUACAAAUCCAAUACCAUAAGUUUUCAAUACUGUGCAAUUACCAAUCGUGAAUAUCAUGUCUCUAUGUGAAGAAAAUGUGAAUGAAGAGCUUGUUGGAUGAUAGUAAAUGCAAGUAGGAAAUAAAUCCAGAUAUCUGGUGGUUGA